UCUAAGAGGUGUCAACGAUUUAUUAUUGAAAUGGUUGAAGAUAAAGCAGGAGAAAACAAAAGCAGUAAAUCUGCUCUUAAAAAGGAGGCAAAGAAAGCCGAAAAGGCUGCAAAGAAAGCAGAGCACAAGCAAUCUAACGCAGAAAAUCAACCGGCUGCAACACCAGAAGUCGACGUAUCCAUUGGCAAAUAUGGCAAUCUUCCCGUUAUUACAUCGGAGAAGAAAGACGUCGAAAGAAAAUUCACCUAUGUCCUCGAUUUGAAUAAAACCUUAUCAGGCCAAACAGUUUGGGUUCGUGCGAGAUUACACACAUCCCGUGCCAGAGGAAAGCAAUGUUUCAUCGUAUUAAGGCAAAGAGAAUACACCGUUCAAGCGCUUUUAAACGUUUCGGAAGCUGUCUCCAAACCAAUGGUGAAAUUCUCAAGCAGUAUCCCAAAGGAAAGUAUAGUGGACGUAGAAGCUAGAGUAUCGGAAGUACCGAAUAGCAUCGCUAGUUGCAGUCAACAGGACGUCGAGUUGAUUGUUUCGCAGUUAUGGGUCGUUUCCCAGUCGGCUGCGCAGCUACCGUUGCAACUCGAAGAUGCAUCGAGGCCGGAAAAACCGGAGGACGAAGGAUUGAACAUCCGCGUGAACCAAGACACGAGAUUGGAUAACAGAAUUUUGGAUUUACGCACGCCGACCAACCAAGCGAUCUAUAGACUUGAAGCCGGAGUGUGCAGGCUGUUUCGCGACGUCCUUACUAAAAAAGGAUUCGUUGAAAUACACACUCCGAAAAUUAUAUCGGCGGCUUCGGAAGGCGGCGCGAACGUUUUCACCGUCAGCUACUUUAAAGGGUCUGCUUAUCUAGCGCAGAGUCCCCAGUUGUACAAGCAAAUGGCUAUCGCCGCUGAUUUCGAUAAGGUGUUUACAGUAGGCGCUGUGUUCAGAGCUGAGGAUUCCAACACCCACAGACAUUUGACCGAAUUCGUCGGUUUGGAUUUAGAAAUGGCCUUCAAUUUCCAUUAUCACGAAGUUAUGCUUACCAUCGGCAAUCUGUUUACGGAAAUGUUUAAAGGACUUCGCGAUGAGUACAAAAACGAGAUUUCCAUCAUAAACCAGCAAUACCCGGCCGAGCCGUUCACGUUCUUGGAUCCCCCUUUGGUGCUGGAGUACGACGAAGGUAGGAAAAUGCUCGCCGAAGCCGGCGUGGAAGUCGGCGCAGAAGAAGACCUGAGUACACCCGCCGAGAAGCUGCUGGGCCGCUUGGUUAAGGCGAAAUUCGACACAGAUUUUUACAUUUUGGACAAAUUCCCGUUGGCCGUUCGACCAUUCUACACGAUGCCCGAUCCCAACAAUCCCAAAUAUUCGAACUCGUAUGAUAUGUUCAUGCGAGGCGAAGAGAUCCUCAGCGGGGCCCAAAGGAUACACGAUCCUGUUUUGCUGACGGAGCGGGCGAAGCACCAUGAAAUCGAUAUAUCGAAAAUAGCUGCUUAUAUCGAUGCUUUCAAGUACGGUUGCCCGCCUCACGCCGGGGGCGGCAUCGGGUUAGAAAGAGUCGUGAUGCUUUACUUGGGAUUGGAUAAUAUCAGGAAGACUUCCAUGUUUCCCCGCGAUCCUAAACGCGUUACUCCUUAAAAAUUGUAUGUUUUUGAGCACUGAAAUAAAUUUUAUUUAAAGGUUCUUU